AUGGUGAAUGUCCUCUGGGGUAUUGCGGCAAUGACGCUGGAUGGUCAGUGCAAUGCCGCGGAGGUCGUCGCCAAGUUUCGAGAAGCCAUGAAGCUCGAGGACUGGUCGGAGGCCAGCUUCAAGCAGACCGUCGACUUGUACCGCCUGGUGCCAGUGACGGAUCACGUCAGCAGACUGGCAGAUCAGGAGCAACUUCUUGUUCACCUCCCGGGCUCACGCAUUACGUGUGAAGCCAUCGAGGAUGUGUAUCGCCAACUAGAAGAAGCAGAGCUCCGCUACGAGCGAACUCGUGAGGCCGUCACAGCGCUGGGCGAAGCCAUGGAGUCCCGGGAGGCGCCGUCCUUGGACAGUGCACGGGACGAUCUGCAUCUCCGACAAGAGAAUGCCAACCUCAGGAAGCAGUUGGAGGUUCUCGAGUAUGGGCGGCGUGUGAGCGAGCAGCGAGCACAACUCAGCGAGGAGAGCCAGGCCCAGUUGAUGCGCGAGGUCUCACAGUAUCGCCAAGAGGUGACGCCUCGGCGACCUGCCGGCCCUGGCCCUGCCGUGCGGCAGGUUGCAGGCGCACCCUUCGGUCCUGUACCAACUCUACAAUUCGUUUCUGGCACAGCUGCAGGCUCAGCCAACUGA